UGAAGUUGUGCUGACUUCCGUGUCACUCACGGCUGUGAAUUGAAGUAUACUUUGAAUAAUACCACCAGUGACAAGAUUUUAAUAUUUCUGCAUUUAAGCAUAUGAUAUAAGUGAUAUAAUUUGAAGCAAAAUGACUUGGAUGUUAUUUUCUAGUUACUUCGUUUGCUACGUUGGAGUCCUAUCUGUUAGUUUUGGUUUGAUGGUUGUAUCUAGUGAUUAUGUAAAUGUCGCCCUCAACAAGCCAACCCAUCAGGAGAAUCCAGCAGUAGUGUGGGACGCCAGGUUUGAAUCUAGUAACGCUGUGGAUGGACUCAAAUCAAACCAUACAUGGGACGAGGGGCAGUGUGUUGUAUCAGCGUACGGCAAACAGACCGCCACCUGGUGGGUGAACUUGUCCAGCAUCCACAACAUUCAUCAUAUCAACAUCUAUUUUCGGACAGGCAAUGAAAAAUUGGGUUUUGACCAGCCUCUCACCAUCACAGUUUCGCCUAAAUAUAUAAGGCUGAGGGAAGGUGAGCCAGCAGUGUUCAGAUGUACGUCCAGUGUACCCGUGCCACUGCGAUGGAGUACAAGUAGCAAUAAAUAUCUGCCUGCAUCGGUUGGGGGCAUCUUUCUGCCAAUUCCAGAAACACGGACUUCCGACACAGGAUCUUACAAGUGUUUUGUUGUUGGUGAGGAAUCAAGGUUUUUUGCAAUUGCCAGAUUAGAUAUUUGGUCAGAAUGUGAAGCACACCAAAUGACAUGUUCCAAUACAAAGUGUGUACCAAUUAGCUACAUCUGUGACGGAGAUAACGACUGUGGGGACAUGUCCGACGAAAGAAAUUGUACAGGCAGCACGUGUAGACCAGGUCAAAUGACCUGUUUCAAUGGAAAGUGUGCACCAACCAGAUACAUCUGUGACGGAGAUAACGACUGUGGGGACAUGUCCGACGAACAAAAUUGUCCAGGCAGCACGUGUGGACCAGACCAAAUGAUGUGUUCGAAUGGAAAGUGUGUACCAAUUAGUUACAUCUGUGACGGAGAUAACGACUGUGGGGACAUGUCCGACGAGAGAAACUGUGCAGACAGCACGUGUGGACCAGAUCAAAUGACCUGUUCCAAUGGAAAAUGUGUACCGAUAAGCCAUAUCUGUGACGGAAAUAACAACUGUGGCGACUUCUCCGACGAAAGAAACUGUGAAACCAUAUCGUACAUGCCAUCCAACUUCCUUGGUUUUUCGGUGUAUGUCUCAAACACAACAGAUAGGUCACAAGGAACCUUGUGUUUCAAGGACAACAAUUUUACCACAAGUAGCCUGCCUGCAGUGUUCACUAUCAACUGUUCCGUCCACGGACAGUACGUCAUCUACUACAACGAGAGACUCCCUGGUACUGCAUACCCUGACGACUAUUCUAUGUACGCCUUUAAUGACGUCUGUGAAGUGGAGGUUUACGAAACACUAAAAGAAGACAGUGUGAAUCACUGGCAGAUUAUGUUCUACUGUAUUCUGGGUGUUUUUGGCGUUUCGCUAAUCAUUAAUGGAGCACUUGUUAAGUGUGUGCAUUCACGAGGAAAACGGCUGAAGAAACAGAGAACAAAUGACGAAGCACAGUGGAGAAAUGGCGAACUUCUUAAUGUCUCGCAUAACUGUAAUGAAUAUGAACAUCUACAGCAAACUCCUGUUGAAAUAUACGAUACUGUCGUAUAGUUGAUAUAUGUAGACGGUCACGCUGCUGUGCAUUAUAUUUCAGUGAUUUGGUUAUUUUUUAUUCUUGUUUCUUAAUUUCAGGCAAAAGCUCAAUCCAGCAAAAUUAAUUAAAACUAGAAAACUGACCAGUCAGGAAGGGCCCCGCUAUGACAAUUAAUAUAGAGAAGUGAAAAAAAGUUUGAAUUCCAUCCUCUUUAUAUAAACAAUGAUGAAAAAUAAAUGCUCGGCAUAAGAUGUAAAGAACUGCAAUAUAUAUAUAUAUAAGGUGGUAAAAAAAAAUAUAAAAAUUAUAAGUAACAUCUGUAUUUUUAAAAUUUCAAGAUAAUUCCUGAAUGUCCAAAAGUUCUAAAUAGUUACCUUGUAUCUGCAUAUAACAGGGAUAGUCUCAUGUCUUAUAAAAAAAAACUAAAUAAAAUGUGUAUUUAAAAAAGAUUUGAACAGGUGUUUUAUAAAAUGCAAGCCUUCAGUGAAUGCAAAUACAUUGUAUUACCAAGGGUUGACCUCAGCUUCAAAACAUCAGUUGCAAACAAACGUGUUCAUUAAUCUUCAUAUGACAGAUAGAGAUAAGCCUCUAAAUUUUCUGCAGCAGGCAAGAUAAUUAAUCCCAGGGGAUUAGACAAGCCGUAAUUAGUCUGUGAAGACAAACAUCAUUUACACAAAAUUAUAGGGGUAAUUUUUAUUGACUGUUUUUGUUUGUGAUCGACCUGAUUUCAACAUCAGUAGUCGAGACAUGUUUCAUUUUUCGUUUUAUUUAAUAAAUUGUUCUUUUAAGAAACUUAGAUACUUGCGGGUUAUGUGUUUCAGAGCAAAAAAUGUUAAACGGCGAGAGA